AUGAGCUCGUCGACAUUACAUCCUCCCAGGUUGGCCCAAAUGUUUGCGGGGUCGCCCAGUGCACCUGGAACGCCGGUACAUUCCAUCCAGACAAUGCGAAGGAAGGCAGCUGGCCACGGCGGUCCUUUGACCAAGAUCCUCGUCGCCAAUCGUGGUGAAAUCGCGAUACGUGUUUUCCGUACAGCUCAUGAGCUCGCUAUGCACACCGUUGCGAUCUACUCUUAUGAGGAUCGUCUGUCUGCUCACCGUCAGAAGUCUGAUGAAGCGUACCAAGUCGGAAAGGGAUUAACUCCUGUAGCUGCAUAUCUCGCCCAGGAUGAAAUUAUCAAAGUCGCUCUGGAGCACGGUGUAGAUAUGAUUCACCCAGGUUAUGGUUUCCUAUCCGAGAACGCCGGAUUCGCGAAAAAGGUAGAGCAAGCUGGAAUUGCUUUCAUUGGGCCCUCCCCAGAGGUUAUCGAUGGUCUCGGUGACAAGACCAAAGCGCGUACUUUAGCUAUGAAGGUGGGCGUGCCUGUGGUACCUGGAACUCCAGGGCCUGUCGAUACCUAUGAGAAUGGAGAAGGCUUCAUCAAGGAAUAUGGUUUCCCAGUUAUCAUAAAGGCCGCCAUGGGCGGAGGUGGACGUGGAAUGCGCGUUGUUCGCGAACAAUCCGACUUCAAGAACGCGUUCGAGCGUGCGGUUAGUGAGGCAAAGUCUGCAUUUGGCGAUGGAACAGUCUUUAUCGAACGUUUUCUGGAACGUCCUCGCCACAUCGAGGUCCAGCUUCUCGCAGACGCCCAAGGCAACACGAUCCACCUUUUCGAACGUGAUUGUUCGGUGCAGAGAAGGCAUCAAAAGGUUGUUGAAGUCGCUCCGGCUACUCACCUUCCGGAGGAGGUGAGGCAAGCUAUCCUGGAUGACGCAAUCAAGUUGGCCAAGAGUGUCGGUUAUCGUAACGCUGGCACGGCAGAAUUCCUCGUCGACCAAAUGGGAAGACAUUACUUCAUUGAGAUAAACCCUCGUAUUCAAGUCGAGCACACCAUCACGGAGGAGAUUACCGGCAUCGACAUUGUUGCCGCUCAAAUCCAAAUCGCCGCUGGUGCCACUCUUCCUCAGCUUGGAUUGACUCAGGAUGCCAUCACGAAACGCGGCUUUGCGAUUCAGUGCCGUGUUACGACAGAAGACGCGUCUCAGGGAUUCCAGCCAGAUACCGGAAAGAUUGAAGUUUAUCGCAGUGCUGGUGGCAACGGUGUUCGCCUGGACGCAUCUUCAGGCUUUGCUGGUGCCCAGAUCACGCCACACUACGACAGUUUACUAGUCAAGUGUAGUGUCAGUGGUACUACGUAUGAAGUCGCAAGGCGAAAAAUGUUACGUGCAUUGGUAGAAUUCCGUAUUCGUGGUGUCAAGACAAAUAUCCCCUUCUUGUUCAGACUGUUGACGCACGACGUUUUUAUCGGCGGAAAGACUUGGACCACGUUCAUUGACGACACACCCGAUCUAUUCAAGCUCGUCCAGAGUCAAAAUCGUGCUCAGAAGUUGUUAGCUUAUCUCGGGGACCUUGCCGUUAAUGGUAGUUCAAUCAAAGGUCAAACGGGCGAGCCAGGCCUAAAGGAAGAGGUCGUUAUACCAAAGUUAGCUAACCGGGAAGAUCCCAAUGGGCCACCACUCGACACCUCCGUCCCGUGCGAAUUGGGUUGGCGUAACAUCAUCGUCGAAAACGGACCUGAGGCAUUCGCUAAAGCCGUUAGAGAGUACCCUGGUUGUCUGAUCAUGGACACUACUUGGCGUGACGCUCAUCAAUCCCUUCUCGCGACCCGCCUCAGAACGACGGAUAUGGUCAACAUUGCGAAGGAGACGAGUUGGGCUCUGGCCAAUUCCUACAGUCUGGAGUGCUGGGGCGGUGCAACCUUUGACGUUGCGAUGAGAUUCUUAUAUGAAGAUCCUUGGGAACGAUUGCGCACUCUUCGUAAGUUGGUGCCGAACAUUCCCUUCCAAGCUUUGGUUCGUGGCGCCAAUGGUGUAGGUUAUACAAGUUAUCCGGAUAAUGCGAUCUACGACUUUUCUAAGAAAGCGGUCGAGAAUGGCUUGGAUAUCUUCCGAGUCUUUGACUCUUUGAAUUAUUUCGGAUUCUAUGCAGAAAAUAUGCGGCUAGGUAUCGAUGCUGCUAAGAAGGCUGGUGGUGUUUGCGAGGCUGUUGUCUGUUACAGUGGUGACGUUGCGAGCCCGAAAGAGACAAAGUACACCCUGCAAUAUUAUCUGGAUUUGGUGGAUCAGCUUGUCAAGGAAGGAAUUCACGUUCUUGGAAUCAAGGAUAUGGCUGGUUUGCUAAAACCGACGGCUGCGAAAAUGCUCGUCAGCGCUAUUCGGAAAGCCCACCCCGAUAUCCCUAUCCAUGUGCACUCUCAUGACACUGCCGGCAUUGCUACUGCCAGUAUGCUCGCUGCAGCUGAAGCUGGAGCCGAUGUUGUUGAUGUGGCUAUUGAUAGUAUGUCCGGUCUUACUUCUCAGCCUUCCAUGGGAGCGGUUUGUAUGGCGCUUGAACAGACAUCGCUUGGAACUGGGAUCCGGUAUGAGGACAUUCAAGCUCUGAACCUUUAUUGGAGCCAGGUUAGGGUGCUGUACAGCUGCUUCGAGGCGAAUGUGAAGGCGUCGGAUUCGAGUGUGUUCGAUCAUGAAAUGCCAGGUGGGCAGUACACGAAUCUUAUGUUCCAAGCCUCUCAACUUGGUCUCGGUACCCAAUGGGCCGUCAUCAAACAAAAGUAUAUCGAAGCCAAUGAACUUUGCGGCAACAUUAUCAAGGUUACUCCCUCAUCCAAAGUGGUGGGUGACUUCGCACAAUGGAUGACGUCAAACAUGUUCUCGAAACAAGACGUUCUAGAGCGUGCUGAAAGUCUUGAUUUCCCAUCGUCCGUCGUUGAGUUCUUCCAGGGGUACCUUGGUCAGCCUGUGGGUGGGUUCCCGGAGCCUUUGAGGACAAAGGUCAUCCGAAAUAAACCACGGAUCGAUGGACGGCCUGGUGCUGGGAUGGAACCGAUUGAUUUCAAGAAGUUGAAGCAGGAGCUGAGGGCCAAGUUUGGGAAACACAUAACUGAUGCGGAUGUUACGAGUUAUGUGAUGUAUCCUAAGGUGUUCGAAGAGUAUCAAGGUUUCAUAGACAAGUACGGAGAUUUGAGUGUUCUGCCCACGCGGUACUUCUUGGGAAGGCCAGACAUCGGGGAAGAGAUGCAUAUUUCGAUCGAGAAAGGCAAGACACUCAUCAUCAGGCUUAUGGCUGUGGGACCUGUCGUUGAGGGGAAGUCGCAGAGAGAUGUAUGGUUUGAAGUCAAUGGCGAGGUCCGAGCUGUAUCUGUUGAAGACAAGAACUCCGCCGUCGAGACAGUUUCGCGGGAGAAGGCUAGUAACGAUCCCGGAUCUGUCGGUGCACCCAUGUCUGGUGUCGUUGUCGAGGUGAGGGUCAAAGAAGGACAGGAAAUCAAGAAGGGAGACCCUAUUUGCGUCAUGAGUGCGAUGAAGAUGGAAUCGGCGGUUACGGCUCCUGUGUCUGGUCAUAUCAAGAGAGUUGCAGUUCAAGAAGGCGACUCGAUAAACCAGGGGGAUCUUACUGUCGAGAUUGUACACUAG